AUGGCCGACAACAAGAUUGGCGUACAGCCGCCGAAGAGGACGCAGGCUGGGACUUAUCUGUAUCCGCCAGUCAUCGCCAAGCAGUCGGCACGACAGGCCGAUCCCAACGUCGACUACUUUGCCACGGUCACCGUCCUGGACCGACGAGGGUCCGUCCUCGACGGAUAUCUGCAGGGCACAAAGGCCGUCAGCAGAUUCCAAGUCGCCAGUUCCAAGACGGGCAGGGAGUCGUUUGUGUUUCCCUUUACAGACCUGUCGAUAUCGUAUCCAGGGACGUACGUCAUCCGUGUCGACAUCUACGAGUUCUUGCCCGGGGAUUACGCGGGUGCGGCCCUGGUCGAGCAGCUCGACACGAGAGCCGUUUCCGUAUCCAACUCCCAAGUCUCUCCCGAGAGUCCAUCCUCAGACGAGCGUUCUCUGAUGCGCAAGGCCCGAGAUGCAGGCAUCUCGAUGCCGCGAGCGCCAUGA